AUUAUGUAAAAAAAAAAAAAAAUAUUAUUAUUACAUAAACGUUUUAAAAACAUAUCGCACGGUUGUGACGUCAUUCUCACCGCAAUGCUUGAGGUAGAAUUUUAGACACAAACACAAAUAUUGAGUUAAAUAUAAUUUGUGGACCGAAUGCGAAAGUGUAAAAAAUAAAAUAUUAUUUAAUUCGUUUACUAAUUAAUGUUAGCAGAACAAAAAAAAAAAGUUUACUCAAACACAACACAAAUUUUGAGUUACGCAACACAUGACGCUGGAAUUAUUUAUGACUUUAACAGACUAGUGUGAGUAUGAGAUGUAUGCUUCUUUUUCUUAAAAGGUCCACAGCCCAUAGUUAAAGUUACCCGUUUAUUUUCUGUCAGAGAACGGCGGAGACUUUUAUUUUAAAGAACUAUCUUUGCUAUCGAAUUGUUGUUUUGUCAUAGUAGCUGUGCUCACAUUUCCCGCAUUCCUCGCAGUCGCAGGCUUCACACGCGUGCAGAAGCCUGACAACAGCAGCAGCAGCAGGAGGGAAUGGGGAGAGAGGGGCGCCGCACCGUUUAACAAGACAUUCUUCAACACAACACGACCAAUAAAACAAUUCACCAUCGAGUAUUGAAAGAAUAUUAUCUCAGGCCCCCUCCCCCAUCUGCAGCAUUAAGCAGAGUAACUCGAGGGGAACAAGAAUGAGCUGAUUUUAAAAGCUCUGAUAAUGACGCCCAGAAUAAGUGUGGCCUGGUCACACAGCAAAGUGGGGAACGUACAAGCUUGAGCAUUAGAAGGCCAUGAUGCAAUGAGAUAAACACUGGAUGACUGGAGGUCCCCUGCUUAACUAUCUAUAAGCAUGGCUGGCCUACAGCUGGUGACCCCUGCCUCCUCACCCAUGGGGCCCUUCUUCGGUCUCCCGUGGCAACAGGAAGCUAUCCAUGACAACAUAUACACACCAAGGAAAUAUCAGGUUGAACUUCUUGAAGCAGCUCUUGAACACAAUACUAUAGUCUGCUUAAAUACUGGCUCAGGGAAGACCUUUAUCGCAGUACUCCUAAUCAAAGAACUCUCCCACCAAAUCCGUGGAGAGGAUAGAAAGAGAACAGUUUUCCUGGUGAAUGCAGCAUCAUCUGUGGUUCAGCAAGCGUCUACUGUAAGAACCCACUCUGAUCUCCAGGUAGGCGACUACAUGUCAGAGGAAAUGACAACAUGGCCUGAGGAGAUAUGGAACAGAGAGAUGAUGGGAAAUCAGGUGCUGGUGAUGACGUGCCACAUCUUCCUGCAUGUGUUAAAGAAUGGAGUCUUGCCACUAUCAAAAAUCAACCUGCUGGUUUUUGACGAAUGCCACCUCGCAAUCACGGACCAUCCUUAUCAGGAAAUAAUGAAGAUUUGUGAGGGUUGCCCGGGCUGUCCUCGCAUUUUGGGUCUGACUGCUUCCAUUUUAAAUGGCAAAUGUGACCCUUGUGAUCUGGAGGAAAAGAUUCAGAACCUGGAGAAGAUUUUGCAGAGCAAUGCAGAAACUGCCACCGAUCUUGUGGUGCUGGAUAGGUAUGCGUCCCAGCCUCGUGAGGUGGUGCUGGACUGUGGGCUGUAUCACGAUCAGAGUGGGCUCUCUGAUAGGCUUUUGAGCGAGUUGGACGAAGCCCUUCAUUUUCUUAAUGACUGCAACUUAUCUACUCAUCGAGAAGAUAGAGACCCCACGUUCAUCUCCAAACAGGUGCUGAAUGACUGUCGUGCCGUGUUGACUGUGCUGGGCCCUUGGUGCGCAGAUAAAGCUGCGGGAAUCAUGGUCCGGGAGCUGCAGAAAUAUAUCAAACAUGAACAGGAAGAGCUGAACCGCAAGUUCCUGUUGUUCACGGACACCAUUCUGAGAAAAAUCCACGCAUUAUGUGAGGAGCAUUUCUCUCCAGCUUCCCUAGACCUGAAGUUUGUCACUCCAAAGGUCAUCAGACUUCUGGAUAUUCUCCACGAGUACAAACCUUUUGAGCGGCAGCAGUUUGAGAGUGUGGAGUGGUACAACAAUCGCAAUCAGGACAAUUACGUUUCUUGGAGCGAUUCUGAGGACGAUGACGAGGAUGAAGAGGCGGAGGCAAAGGAGAAGCCUGAAGCAAAUUUUCCCUCGCCUUUCACCAACAUCCUCUGUGGAAUCAUCUUUGUGGAAAGGCGAUAUACAGCGGUGGUUUUAAACAGACUUAUUAAGGAGGCAGGGAAGCAGGACCCAGAGCUGGCUUACAUUAGUAGCAACUUCAUCACAGGUCACAGCAUUGGCAAGAACCAGCCUCGCAACAAACAAAUGGAGGUGGAGUUCAGAAAACAAGAGGAGGUCCUGAGGAAGUUCAGAGCGCAUGAAACCAAUUUGCUCAUUGCAACCAGCAUUGUGGAAGAAGGUGUUGAUAUUCCAAAGUGCAAUUUGGUUGUUCGGUUUGACCUGCCGACAGAGUACCGGUCGUACGUGCAAUCCAAAGGUCGUGCCCGUGCUCCAGUCUCCAAUUACAUCAUGCUCGCUGACAGCGAACGGACAAAAACAUUUGAAGAAGACCUCAAGACCUACAAGGCCAUAGAAAAGAUCCUCCGAAAUAAGUGCUCGAAGUCAGCAGAAUGCAAUGAAUUUGAAUUGGAGCCAGUGACCGAUGAUGACAACGUUCUGCCACCUUAUGUCCUGCGCUCAGAGGACGGAGGCCCCCGCGUCACGAUUAACACAGCCAUUGGGCACAUCAACAGAUAUUGUGCGCGUUUGCCCAGUGAUCCAUUCACUCAUCUUGCUCCGAAGUGUAAAACUGUGGAGCUGAAGACUGGAGGUUAUCGAUCCACACUCUUCCUACCCAUCAACUCGCCACUCAGAGUUCCUGUCACUGGGCCAACAAUGAAUUGUGCAAGACUUGCGGAGAAAGCUGUCGCUCUUCUCUGUUGUGAAAAACUGCACAAAAUUGGUGAACUGGAUGAUCAUUUGAUGCCAGUGGGAAAGGAAACUGUAAAGUAUGAGGAGGAGCUGGACCUGCAUGACGAGGAAGAGACGAGCGUGCCAGGAAGACCAGGCUCCACCAAACGGAGACAGUGUUACCCAAAAGCCAUACCAGAGUGUCUGCGGGGGUGUUACCCUGUGCCAGAGCAGCCUUGUUACCUUUACGUCAUAGGGAUGGUCCUCACCACCCCUCUUCCUGAUGAGCUUAACUUCCGGCGGAGGAAGCUGUAUCCGCCAGAGGACACUACCCGAUGUUUUGGCAUUCUAACAGCUAAACCAAUACCUCGGAUCCCUCACUUCCCUGUGUAUACACGUUCUGGUGAGGUGACCAUCUCGAUUGAGCUUCAGAAGUCGGGCUUCACUCUGAGCGCAGAGCAGCUGGAGCUGAUCACACGUCUGCACCAGUACAUCUUCUCCCACAUCCUCCGUCUGGAAAAGCCAGCACUAGAGUUUAAGCCUGUAGAGGCAGAUUCUGCCUACUGCGUUCUACCUCUCAACAUUGUUGAGGAUUCCAAUACCUUGGACCUGGAUUUCAAGUUCAUGGAGGAUAUUGAAAAGUCUGAAGCACGCAUUGGCAUUCCAAAUACUCAGUACACCAAGCAAAACCCAUUCAUUUUCAAAUUGGAGGACUACCAGGAUGCUGUCAUCAUUCCGAGGUAUCGUAAUUUUGACCAGCCACAUCGGUUCUAUGUGGCUGACGUUUACACAGACCUCACCCCACUCAGUAAAUUCCCCUCUCCAGAGUAUGAGACUUUUGCUGAGUACUACAAAACCAAGUACAACCUGGACCUGUCUAAUGUUAACCAGCCUCUACUGGAUGUGGACCACACAUCUUCAAGAUUGAAUCUUUUAACUCCCCGGCACCUUAAUCAAAAGGGGAAAGCCCUUCCUCUCAGCAGUGCGGAGAAGAGAAAGGCCAAGUGGGAAAGCCUACAAAACAAACAGAUUUUAGUUCCGGAGCUCUGUGCCAUUCACCCCAUCCCAGCCUCUUUGUGGAGGAAAGCUGUCUGCCUUCCCAGCAUUCUCUACAGACUUCACUGCCUUCUGACGGCCGAAGAGCUGCGGUCUCAGACAGCCAUUGAUGCUGGCGUAGGGGCUCAGACCCUGCCUCCUGAUUUCAGGUAUCCUAAUUUGGAUUUUGGAUGGAAGAAAUCCAUCGACAGCAAAUCUUUCAUUUCCUGCCCCAGUGCAUGUAUGGAAGACGACGAUCACUGUAAACACGGCUCAAGCUCAGAUUCAGACCACACUGCCGAGGAGAGCUGCAGUAUGGAGGCCUCCCAGCCUCCAGAGGGCGCUCUCCCCUGUGAGAACUGCAACACACCAGAUGAAAAGCUAGAAACCCAGGUGCUCCCUGUGACUGAUGUCCAGACGCUGAACAAAGACAAGAGCAACUGCGUCUGUUGCCGAAACCUCCCUAACAGCACUUGGGGCGACAGUGACGACCUCCCACACAGACAUGACAUUUGCCAAUGCUCUCAGCUGGGCCCUCUGGAGAGUGACCUAUCAACGCAAACCACUACCUCAGUUCCUGUGCGGCCCUCUCCAGCCGGCGAGCCACAGCCCCAGCCCAGCGAUGAAUGUACCCCAGGCAGGAACUCAGAUCUCUGCGACAGACAUGUGAAAAAACCUACCUCAAACUGUUGCCCCAAACCAGAGACGGCAACCAGCACCACAGCACCUUUAGAAGUGUCAUCAGAGGUAUCUGACGUGACAUCUACAACAACAACCUGCACAGGUCCAGCCUGGGAUUCUCCGAAAACCUUGGGCCCCAAUCCUGGCCUCAUCUUGCAGGCCCUGACCCUCUCCAAUGCCAGUGACGGCUUCAAUCUGGAGAGGUUGGAGAUGUUGGGCGACUCUUUCCUGAAACACGCCAUCACCACCUACCUGUUCUGCACUUAUCCUGAUGCCCAUGAGGGCAGGCUGUCAUACAUGAGAAGCAAGAAGGUCAGCAACUGUAACCUUUAUCGCCUGGGGAAGAAAAAGGGCCUUCCUAGUAGAAUGGUGGUAUCUAUCUUUGAUCCCCCGGUAAACUGGCUUCCUCCGGGCUACGUGGUGAAUCAGGACAAAAGCACCACGGACAAGUGGGACUCAGAUGAGAAUAAAGAUUUGGCCAACGGAAAAGCCAGUGAUGAGGAGGAUGACGACGAUGAAGCAGAGGAUGUGGAGGUCGAGCCGUCUAAAGAAGAGGUCAAUGUGGAAGAUGAUCUGGAGUACUACUAUGAGCACAUCAGAUUCAUCGAUAACAUGCUGAUUGGCUCCGGCGCCUUCGGGAAGAAGAUCUCCCUCCAGCCGGCCGAGCCUGGCUGCGAAUGGAAAGCACCCAAAAAAGCUCACAACUCCCACUUUUCCCCAGACGGUGGCGCUGACGAGUUCGACUACAGUUCCUGGGACGCCAUGUGCUACCUGGACCCCAGCAAAGCUGGUGAGGAGGAUGACUUUGUAGUGGGCUUCUGGAACCCUUCUGAGGAAAACUGUGGCACGGAUAUUGGGAAACAGUCCAUCUCCUACGACCUCCACACCGAGCAGUGCAUCGCUGAUAAGAGCAUAGCUGACUGUGUGGAGGCCCUGCUGGGGUGCUACCUCACCAGCUGUGGGGAGAGGGCAGCCCAGCUGUUCCUGUGCUCCCUCGGCCUGAAGGUGCUCCCGCCGGAGAAGCAGAGUUCAGGGGGGUCGGCCGAGCUGCAGUACGGCUGGCUGAAGAUCCCUCCGCGCUGUAUGUUUGACCACCCGGAUGCCGAGCGGACCCUCAACCACCUCAUUUCAGGCUUCGAGAACUUUGAGAAGAAGAUAAACUACAUGUUUAAAAACAAGGCAUAUCUUCUGCAGGCCUUCACCCACGCCUCGUAUCAUUACAACACCAUAACAGAUUGUUAUCAGCGGUUGGAGUUCCUUGGUGAUGCAAUUUUAGACUACCUCAUAACAAAGCACCUUUAUGAAGAUCCCCGGCAGCACUCUCCAGGCGUGCUGACCGACCUGCGCUCUGCACUUGUCAACAACACCAUAUUUGCUUCCCUGGCUGUCAAGUACGAUUACCACAAGUACUUCAAAGCUGUCUCGCCCGAACUGUUCCACGUGAUCGAUGAUUUUGUGCAAUUUCAACUGGAGAAGAAUGAAAUGCAAGGAAUGGAUUCGGAGCUUCGCCGAUCGGAAGAAGAUGAGGAGAAAGAAGAAGACAUUGAGGUCCCCAAAGCAAUGGGAGACAUCUUUGAAUCGCUAGCUGGUGCAAUUUACAUGGAUAGCGGGAUGUCACUUGAGACAGUUUGGCAAGUGUAUUAUCCAAUGAUGAGGCCGCUCAUAGAAAAAUUCUCCGCUAAUGUCCCUCGAUCCCCAGUGCGUGAACUCCUGGAGAUGGAACCGGAGACUGCGAAGUUCAGCCCUGCGGAGAGAACCUAUGAUGGAAAAGUACGGGUGACCGUGGAAGUGGUGGGCAAAGGCAAGUUCAAAGGCGUGGGACGCAGCUACCGGAUAGCCAAGUCAGCGGCUGCCCGCCGAGCCCUGCGCAGUCUCAAAGCCAAUCAACCUCAGGUCCAAAACAACUGAGCUUCAGACAGCAGACACCCCAACACACCAGUCAAAAACACAGCAGAGAACCCCUCUCGGCACCAGUUUACGACCGAGUGAAGAAUUGUCGCUGACUGCGUCAAACUCAAAUGAAUCGAGUCAAAAGAUUUCAGAGUAAUUCACAUAGGGUUCAUGUUUCAUUUUAUUCUUUACGUGCGCAAACACAAUCUUUUUUUUUUCUCCCCAGCUUUGUUUGAUCACGAGUGCUUUUUUUAUGUAUUGCAAGUGUUAAGAAAAAGGUCAGGUCUUCUUUCCCCCCUUCCUUCCCUUUUUUUAUUAACAUUAACAAAGAUAUAUGCUCUGCUUUGUGGUAGUUGUUAAAAGCUAAAGCUUAUAGGUAGUAUUACAGUGUACAUAGUUCAACUCCAAGGUAUCAACUAAAUAAGAGAAACAACAGCGACAUAAAAACACAAAAUUCCUCAAUCUGUGCACUAGUGCCAGUUUUGCUGCCAUUUGGCAGGAAAGGCACGUGGAAAGAAAGAUAGUGUUGGUGUUGUUGGAAAUGUUUUUCUCUAUCUUGAGAUGAGAUAUUCUCAAACAAAAUUGCACUUCUCUAGUGUCCGCUUUAUUUUGACGAGAGUUUUUUUUUUUUUUGGUCAGAUCACAGCAAAAUUCUUUAGAUCUCUAUUGUAUCGAGAGAGAAAGGCCAUCGCAUCCUUAAGACGGAUAGGAAUUUGACAUUCCCGAUUACUGUAAUCAACAGUUGUAAACGGCACUUGAGGAUGCAUGUUCGUGUAGCCAACCGGAUAGGUUGUAUAGACGUCAUAACUACGUUAUAUAAAAUAUAUGAUAUUAAAUGUUUAUUACGAAAUAUAUGUUGAUACUUGGGGUUUCAGUAAUGUCUUUUGAUACUGAUAUUGGUGAUAUUUAGUUGACAGUCUUUAUGAACAUUAGAUGUAUCCAUAGACUGACUUGACUGACUUAGUUUUGAUAUAACGACACGAACGAUAAACAGGAGGACAUAUCACCUUGGAAAAUAUGCUGCAGAUUUUAUAUUAAAAAGCGGAAAGAGGAAAAUAGGAUCUGAUAAUUCUGUAAGACACAAAGCACCUUUACGUACCGUCUUUAGGACAAACCGAUAUUCCGCUAGACUUCACGUGCAUCACUUACCAAAGUCGAUACUGAUGCAGCGUUGUGAGGUUGCACCUGUUAAAUCAAUCCCUCAACAUUCACACGUUUAGAGAUGUGGUAACCAGCCUUUUUUUUUUUUUUUUUUUUUUUUUUUUUUUUAGCGUUAAUGUGUUGUAGCCUCUUGUCUAGCCUAAAUGUUUUCAUAUUAAUAGGCAUUCUUCACUUGAAUACCUCAGUUAAUUGCAUGCAUUUUUUUUUUUUUUUUUUUGGUGCUAUGUUUAAGCUUGAAUUUCUCAUCUUUUUGCACUGUAACUGUAUUACCUCUUAAUUUUACCUUUUUGAAAUCUGUUGGGUUGGUUUUUCUGUUCUGUCAGCUCGUCAGGCUGUAGAAAUUGUUUCCCCAUUUGUUUUUUUCCUUUGGAUCCUUUGGUUUUUAUGCUUGAAGGGGAAAUGCUGAGAAAAAAAAAAAAAAAAAGUUCUCUGCACAUAAGCUUGAUGCUUCUCUGAUGAGCUUGGAUUUUCCUUCACAUGAAAACAAUAGUGAAUCCGAUCAGAAGGGUUACUUAACGCUUGAGAAAAUCGAUAGAUUGCACUCUGAUAUGAUCUUAUAAGCCAUGCGUCUCGCCCUCGUCUCUUGCAGUCUUACCAACUAUAAUUGCCGGGUUUUUUUCCCCAAUGUAUUAAUAGUAAGAAAACAGAACACACUUAUCUAUCAUUGUUACCCCUAGAAAAAGGGGUGCAAAUUUGAACAUCUUGAAGGCUACCUAACUUUUCCCUUCCUCAUUCAGUCUGUUCUUCAGUUAUUAUGUUACGGACAAACUAUUCCUGAAGUUACAUAAUCCUUGGCAUUGCUACCUCAGAAGACCCUUGUGAAUAGUUUGGCCUUAUCAUAAAACGUUGAUUAAUAUAUUUGUGGAUAUGCCUUUUUACAAAUCUGAAUGGCAUUGAGGCACAGUAUUGUAUAUGCUCAUCAGCACCUUACAGGGGGAUAAAUAUAUAUACUCACGACUAUUUGCACUAGAAUACAUUCCCACUGACAUUGAAUUUGCAUCUUUUAAUGGAGUAUGCUCUAAAGUGGUGCCUUUCAACCCUGUAACAUUGAUGUAACAUCUAAACUCUCAUCCUUUCUACUGUAGCAUUAUGGUUUCUGUUUGGUGAAGGACUUUUGGUGCCAUGCUUCAUACUGGAUAUUGCCUUCCAGUUUUUGUUUUCCUGCUUCUAUAUCUCAUAGGCUAUUUUACUUUGAUUUGAUUUGUGGUUAAAAACUGUCUUGUAGUUUGAUUAAAGCCAAGAUUUCGCGAAAAUUUGAAGCUCCAACCGAAGUACUCCCCAUCUUGAAGAGUGAGUGCAAUCUGAUUCCGUUUUAGCAAGAGUUGAGUGACCCUCUUUACAUGAUCUCAGUCACAACCCCAGAGUCGAGUAUUGGAAGUCAUUGGAAAUGAAUGGGUUUCCAUAUUCCCUCAACCAAUGGCGUGAGUUGCAUUAGGGUCAGUGCGUGCUGGCCCUGCGAUAUGACACUGAUUCUGUAACCCUUAACCCUCAGACUAUUGCAACUUUUUAUUUUUUGUGUGUGUGUGUGUUCAUUUUUAUUUUUCUCCAGCUUGUUCCAUUUUUUUUCUGAGCCUCUGAAAGGCGCACACUUUUUUCCUUCACUUUUUGUUUAAGCUUUCUUCUCACUGUUGGUUUUUUAACUUUCAGAGAAUGUGAAAUCACACAUGGUGCCACCACAUGGAUAUGGAGAUUUUUUUUUUUUUUUUUUUUUUUCCUGAAGCAAAACAGACUUUUAUUUUCACAACCAAUAAUCGAUCAUCAUGCCAGAACUAGUCCCACAGAACAGAUAUCACAGUAAAAAAAAAAAAAAAGUAUCAUCUGUGGGAGUGUUUUCUUAAAGUGCUCCUCCAUUGUAUCAUAUGCUGCAGAUUGUAUUUUCCUUCAUGGUGGAGAAUAAUUUUUGUGUGUUUUUUUUUUUUUCUUUCUUUCUUUCUUUUUUUUUCUUUUUCAACAUGUAGCACAAAUAAGCAUUGCACUCGGGCGCCAUACUUUACCUCAUGUCAGAACGAUAAAAAAAUACAAAACAUGUAUAUAUGAUGCCGUAACGUUUAAAGGAAUAACUUGUGGUUUUGGCCUUGCUGCUGUUUGCAUCGCUGGUAUUUUACCAAUGUAUUUAAAAGUGAUCAGAAAGAUACAAUGUGCCUGCAGGAUAUCAUCAGAGAAAAUACACUGUAGAAAAGUAGUUUUGAAUCUCUACAAUCUGGGGCUAAAUAUGUGUCCUAUGUGUACAUUCAUGUCCUGCCUUAAUGUAAUACUUUGAAUAUGGAAUUGUAAUGUAACCCGUCAAGUCGUUCGACUGGCAUGAUUUUAAUAUGUUGGGACCGCAUUGUCCCUCACCCAUUACAUCCCCUCCUGCCCAUUUUAGAUUAUAUAAAUCCAGAUGUAUUAGUGCAUGUCAGUGAAGACUUUCCUUUCUCACCAACCUAUAUUUCCUUUUUAGACUAAAUUCACUGUAUAGAUCUGAUUAAAUCAGCCCUAAAAUUUAUUUAAAAGGGCUUUAUUUCAUAGCAAGUGUCAUAAUUACUAUUUUUUUUUUUUUUAAGAAAAAAAAAACUAUAUAAUUACCUGAUUUAAAAGUCAAAUGCACUCUUAGCAGCAGCAAGGUGUUCAAAGACAACAUAGCAGGACUGGAAUGUGUGGCGAGCGCCUCUUGAAGGGGUUUAUGGGAAUGUUGAGCACCGUAGAGCACUAACAGUACGGGGAUUUUAAACGGGGAAUUAUGGGUCACAAACUGCAGCGCAAUUUCUGUAUUUUUAAGGGACGUGUAUUUAAAUGACUAUUUCUCAUUCAUACUGUAUCAGUGCUGCAGUGGUUUGCAUUCUGCACCUUAUGGAUCACAAAAACCUUUAAAAAUUCUGUCCCCCCCCCACCCCCCCACACUUUUUUUUUUUUUUUUUAAGUAAUUGUAGCUGAGUAUAUCUACAAUAAAGUUAUGGUAUGGUCGUUCA